UGCUGCACCAAGGUCCAAGCAGUGUCUCAUGGGUCCUGUACGGCGCCUCACCAUUGCUGACUGUCUUCCAUCGCCACCACCUCUGCCAUGUGCCACUUUCAGGUCUCCUCACCUCACACGGCUGGUGGUGUUCCAUUUUGUCAUAGGGUGCUCGGCAGAUUAAGGGCCUCCCAUUGCUGUGCUGCCAAGGCCCGUAAUCUGCCAUUGGGGCCACAGUACCGCCUAACUCAUGCUGCCUGCCAGGUCCAGGAGUGUCUCAUGGGUCCCUGUACGGCCCUCCCAUUGCUGCUGUCUUCCAUCGCCUCACUCUGACUAUGUGCCACUUUCAGGUCUCCUCACACAUGCUGAGAGGGUUCCAUUUUGUCA